AUGGCAGCCUCGCUAACUACCUCGGCGGUGGCCGACGUCGACGUGGACGUGCUCAUCGUCGGCGGCGGACCCGUGGGCCUCAACCUGGCCUACCAACUACGGCGGUUCUCGUCGCCUCCAGUCAAUCCCAACCCCUCCGCGGAGCCGAUUUCCGUGCACGUCGUCGAGAUGCAUCCCAAGCCCGUGCAGGAAAAUUUCGGGCGCGCCGUGACCUUCUGGCCGCGAUCCAUGGAAAUCCUCGCGCAGAUGGGGCUCGCCGAGCAGAUCACGCAGCAGUGCGUCGCCGUGCGAUCGAGCGCCGCGUACGACACGUCCGGCACAGAGGUGUUUGGGCGAGGAUGGAGUUUUGUCGAGGGCCUCGAGGACACGCGCUUCACGUUUGCGAGCGUCCUCCGGCAGAAGUUCGUCGAGGACAUUUUCCGCGCCGAAUUGGCCAAGUUGGGCGUCAACGUGGCGGAGAGUUGCAAGUUUGUCGAUCUGACGGUGGACGAAUCAGUCGAGGUUGGCGGGAAGGGAAGGGUGAAGGCAAGGAUCCUGGAUCGGAGUGCAGGUGAGGGGCAAGAGAGGGAAUAUACCGUCAACUGUCGGUAUUUGAUCGGCUGUGAUGGAUCAAGGACGCUGGUGCGUGGUGCCGCAGGGAUUGAAUCUGAUGGAGAUCGCACGGAAGACAAAUGGGUGAGAAUUGACGGGGUGUUGAAAAGCACGACGAUGCCGAAACCCAGGUCCUAUGGCGCAAUCGAGAGUCCGCUGUACGGCAAUGUCCUCUGGAUCCCGCUCGAUCAUGGCGCCACGAGGAUCGGCUUUGCGUUGAAUGACGAGCGACAAAAGCUGUAUAAGGAGCUCAAUCAAGAAGUUUUUAUCCAGGAAGCGAAACUGUCCGUCAAGCCCUUCGACAUUGAAUACGAGAGAGUGGAUUGGGCGAGCGUAUACAGCGUUGGGCAGCGUGUCGCGAGAAAUUUCUGGGCCAAGGAGUCAGUCUUUAUUGCCGGUGACGCGGCCCACAGUCACAGUUCAGGAGCCGGCCAGGGGAUGAACGCUGGCAUGCACGAUGCGGUCAACCUUGGCUGGAAGCUUGCGCUUGUGUUGACGGGUGUGCUGAAGAGGGAGGUCCUGGAGACUUAUGAGUUGGAAAGAAGACCGAAUGCAAGGAAACUCAUCAAGUAUGACGAGGAUAUCAGUGUGCUGGUCUCUGGGAGACUGCCAAAGGAUUGGCAGGGGGAUAAAACUGAGGAUCCAAACGUCGUUUUGGGGAGGAUAUUGCAGGAAGCCAAAGGAUUCAACACUGGCUUGACCAUUGGCUUCGAACCGAACAUUGCUGUUUCCAGGGAUGAUAGCACAGAGGAUGCUGAGCUGGUGGCCAAGCGAACGAUCAUCCCGGCACCAGCGAUAGCAGGUUACCGAGCGCCAGAUGUUCAAGUCUUGACACCCGCAUUGUGGGAACCGGUUUGGCUGCACACUCUGAUGGCAAACCUGGCGAGAUUUUCUGUUCUCAUCUUCAUUGGAAAAUCGGCUGAAGCAAAGAGUUCAUUCGGCCAGAUGAAGGAAGACGUACAAAAGAACCAACACCUGAAGCUCGAAAGGGUGCCAGGAACUGCAGCAGAGACAAAUGGGGUUCACCUCAACGGAUCCUCAACCUCCCAACCCCAAAAAUGGCCCGUGGACUUUCUUACCAUCUUGCCAGAGAAAGUCGGCAAUGCCUGGUUCGAACUGGGGACUGAUCCAUUGGGGAGAGUGUAUUACGAUGGUGAUGGCAGCAAUGCCUACCAGAGGUAUGGCGUGGAGGUUGAGUCCGGGGCAGUUUUCGUGGUGAGGCCUGACGGGUGGAUUGGUGCCAGAUUCGGCCUCGGAUCGAAAAGCCUUGUGGACGAGAUUGAUGCGUACCUGGGUGGACUGCUUUACCGAUAG